UGAGAUCUUUAAAGGGGAGUAACCUAUUAGCAGACAACUGAGCUUUAGGAUCUUUCCAGACCUUUAUCAACCAAGAGGAAAAUUUUACCGUAGAGAUAAGAUACAGAAAAAAAUCAUUACACAGGGGUCUGACUGGAUGUUUUUGUUCUCUUGCUUUGCACUCAGUUCCUUUGUGAGGCACAGAUGGACAAGCAGCUGAUGCAGAAGACAGUUUUCCUCUCUGCGCACUCAUGCAAGGACCUGAAGGCAUCUUGAAAUAGAAAUUCAAAGGAGGAGGAGGACAGAAGGGAGAGAGAGGGAGAGGGGGGACUAGAGAGAGUACUGCUAUGCAAAGCUCAAUACGUAGCAUGGCUGUACAGAAGAAGCAGAGUGAAAUCCCUCCAUCGCAGGGACCACUUUCUACAUGUACCAUUGAGAGCCAAAGGGCUGGAAGCAGGUCUGAAGGAACAGGAGGGAAUGGAUCUUAUGUCAAACCAAGCUCUCAAACAAAGAAAACAACCUGUCCUGCCAUCAAGUCCAUCCAAAUCUGCGGCAAUGUUAGCCCACGGCUCUUUGCAGGUAACGGACUGAAUGUUGACGAAAGACUCAGAGCAGCUCGAGAAAGAAGAGAAGAGCAGCAGAAGUUGCUGGUCUCUCGGGAGCUGAGCCGACUGGAGCGGGAACAGCGAGCCAGACGUUACUAUGAACAACAGCUACAGGAGCGACGGAAAAAACUCCUGGAGCAGAGGCUCAAAGAGGAGAGGAGGCGUGCAGCUGUGGAGGAGAAACGAAAGCAGAGGAUGAGAGAGGAAAAAGAGCGGCAUGAAACUACAGUGCGCAAGACAAUAGAGAGGAGCCAAAAGGCCCAGCAGCACCUCGGUCAAAGUUCAAGAGGCAGGAAGCCCACUAAGAAUGGAGCAAGAGUGCAGCUUGUAGGUCCGGAGAAGAAGUUGUCCAUGUUUGUCGCCGUGCAGUUUCAUGCCACCCAUCGAAUGCCAUCCCUUCCCCUAACAUCAUCACACCCAAACUCCGACAUCAGUCACUUUCAGUCCCCCGCAGGCCGCCUCCAUCACCCUGUUCCAAUAACAGACAGCAAAGAAACAUCAGCCCUGCACAGGUAA